AUCUGUGCGUCACACCGGAAAUGUGUCGUCACAAUUUAAGCUUCUCUCAAGAUCCCUCGGCAGUCAAACGACUCUGAAAGGAGGAAACGCGGAACUGUCACAACUUAUCUUUGAGGAAAGCCGAGUUCCGCGGACGGUAGAAUCACGCCUGCGUCCAGCAUGACUGAAGAGAACAUUUUCCUCUUCGUUCCGAAUCUGAUCGGCUAUGCCCGCAUCGUCCUGGCCCUGGUGGCCUUCUUCCUGAUGCCCUGCUGCCCGGUGCCCGCGGUCUUCUUCUACCUCCUCAGCGCCCUCCUGGACGCCUUCGACGGGCACGCGGCACGCACGCUCAACCAAGGCACUAAGUUCGGAGCGAUGCUGGACAUGCUGACGGACCGCUGUGCCACCAUGUGUCUGCUGGUCAACCUGGCGCUACUCUACCCCUCAUACACCUUCCUCUUCCAGAUCAGCAUGAGCCUCGACAUCGCCAGCCACUGGCUCCACCUGCACAGUUCCAUGAUGCAAGGAGCAACAAGCCACAAGACCAUCGACCUCUCCGGCAACCCCAUACUACGCAUUUAUUAUACAUCACGGCCGGUUCUGUUCGUGAUGUGUAUGGGGAACGAGCUGUUCUUCUGUCUCCUCUACGCUCUGUACUUCAUAGAAGAACCUUACGGCUGGCUGCAGGCUCUGCUGGGUGUGUGUGCCGUGAUCGCGAUGCUGAAGGCGGCCAUCAGUGUCCUCCAUCUUAUCACUGCCUCACGCAACAUGGCCGCCAUCGACCUCGCCGAGAGGCAGGAGCAGAACAAGGACCAGUGAGGGAGAGAGAGAGAAGAAGAAGGAGGGGUGUGUGUGUGUGUGUGUGUGUGUGCGUGUGUGCGUG